AUGUCGGGUAGGCAGCGGGGUAGCGGGCCGGUGGACAAGAGCAGCGUGGACUACAUUGUCAAGUCCGGGUUGGCGGGGGGGAUAGCCGGGUCGUGCGCGAAGACGCUGGUUGCGCCGCUGGACCGGAUCAAAAUCCUGUUCCAGACUUCGAACCCGCAGUUCGCGCAGUUUGCCGGGUCUAUGGGGGGUCUGGUGCGCGCGAGCAAGUACAUUAUGGCGCACGACGGGCCCCGGGGGUUCUUCCAGGGGCAUUCUGCGACGCUGCUGCGGAUUUUCCCCUACGCGGCGAUCAAAUUCAUCGCAUACGAGCAGAUCCGGAGCGUGGUGAUUCCGACGUGGCGGCACGAGUCGCACUGGCGGAGGCUGCUGAGCGGGUCGCUGGCCGGGCUGUGCUCGGUUUUUGUGACGUACCCGCUGGACCUUGUGCGCGUGCGCCUGGCGUACGUGACGGAGCGGCACGACGCGAAGGUGCGCAAGAUCAUGGCCUGCAUAUACAACGAGCGCCCGUCGGAGGCGCUGCGCAAGUGGUACAUUCCGCAGUGGUUUGCGCAUUGGAGCAACUUCUACCGGGGCUACACGCCCACCGUCAUCGGGAUGAUCCCCUACGCAGGCGUGUCAUUCUUUGCGCAUGACCUCUGCCAGGACAUCUUUCGACACCCGAUGCUGGAGCCAUAUUCUGUUCUUUCGCCAGGGGGCUCGAGUGCAUACGACCGGACUGUUCCGCUGAAGACAUGGGCGCAGCUGGUGGCUGGGGGGUUGGCUGGAAUGGCCUCCCAGACGGCGGCAUACCCGUUCGAGAUAAUCAGGCGUCGGCUCCAGGUGUCUGCGAUAACCGAUCCGACCAGGCGACACUUUGUCGGCAUUAACGAAAUAGCCAAGAUUAUAUACACCGAGGGCGGAUGGCGCGGAUUCUUUGUUGGUUUGAGCAUAGGGUACAUCAAGGUAACGCCGAUGGUCGCGUGCUCAUUCUUCAUUUACGAGCGGACCAAGUGGUAUCUUCAGAUAUAG